GCUAACUUUUCCGUUACCGUAAGAUGCAGCCGGAGUUCAGCAGCAGAGCCUGCAUGUGAGGAUCAACGUGUUUAAGUGGACUCUGUUUAAACUUUCGGGAUGUUUCACCUCAGACUCAUCUCCUGUUAGCCAAGAAUGCUAAAGGACGUUAGCUUGUUAGCAGGAAGUAGCCGGAGCCGGAGCUCGGCCUCACAGUCGGAGCAGCUUCCAUAGAGACCAAACUGUGUUUUUCACGGAGCCCAAAUGUCCAAAUGUCCAGAUAGAGCUGUCUGAAUAGACUCUGUGCUGUUCCCUUUAUCUGAACAUGUUUAACAUCUGAAUUAUCUCCCGCUGUCCUACGAAGCUAAUGCAGUUAGCUUAGCUUGCUAGCUGGAAACAGUCUGGAGGAAAAGCUGCUGUGAAUCAGUAAAAAUGUCUAAAGUGGAGAACGAGGAGGAACUUUGUGGACAACGCAAACUACUGGACGCUGUUUUCAAGCCUGGAGCAGACGUCCAGCUGCUGUUGGUGAGUAAAGAAGAGGUUCCCCCUGAGCAGCAGGAGUGGCGCCCCAGUCUGGACCAGGAGGACCCCCCAGAGCCCCCACACAUAAAGGAGGAGUGGAGCCCCAGUCUGGACCAGGAGGACCCACCAGAGCCCCCACACAUAAAGGAGGAGUGGAGCCCCAGUCUGGACCAGGAGGACCCACCAGAGCCCCCACACAUAAAAGAGGAGUCAAGCCCAAGUCUGGACCAGGAGGACCCACCAGAGCCCCCACACAUAAAAGAGGAGUCAAGCCCAAGUCUGGACCAGGAGGACCCACAAUCACCCACACAUAUUAAAGAGGAACAGGAGGAACUCUGUACCCGUCAGGAGGGAGAGCAGCUUCAAGGGCUGGAGGAGGCUGAUAUCAUCAAGUUCACAUUCACUCCUGUUCUUGUGAAGAGUGAAGAAGACGAUGAAGAGAAACCUCAGUCCUCACAGCUUCAUCAAAGACUCACUGAACAGAUGAAGACAGAAGCUGAUGGAGAGGACUGUGGGGAACCAGAACCAGACAGAAAUGUAGAUCCAGAUAGACAUUUACAAACAGCGACUGAUGACAAGACAUCACACUCCUCUGAACCUGAGACUGAUGACAGUUGUGAUUGGAAGGAGAUCAAGGAGCCUCAGUCAGGUUCAAACCCUCUGCAAAAUAACAGUGGAUGUAACACUGGUGAGAAAUCAUUUAGCUGCUCUGAGUGUGGUAAACGAUUCCGUUAUAACUCAAAGCUAAAGAGACACAUGAGAAUUCAUACAGGAGACAAACCCUUUAGUUGCUCAGUUUGCAGUAAAAGAUUUAAUCAGAGGGUAAAUCUGACACACCACAUGGCGCUCCACACGGGGGAGAAACGAUACAUCUGCAGUGUUUGUGGCAGAAGAUUCACUUGGUCUUAUCAGCUCAAAAACCAUCUAUGUGUUGGUCGUCAGUCCUCAGAGCUUCAUCAAAGAUUAACUGAACAGAAGAAAACAGAAGCUGACGGAAGGGACUGUGGAGGACCAGGACCAGCCAGGAACCAGGAUGAUGUGGAAUGCAAUAACAGAAAAACAUCAAGUAGCGCCUCUGAAUAUUCUACAAGCUUUGGCCAUGAGGGACAUCUGCAAAAACACAAUGGAAUCCAAACAGAAGAGCUGUUUAGUUGCUCAGUUUGUGGCAAAGGCUACUACAAGAAGAACUCCCUAAGGAGUCAUAUGAGACUUCAUUCAGAAGAAAAAUGUUUCAGCUGCUCCGUUUGUAAAAAAACAUUUCGAUGGAGAGGAGAUGUUGUAAAGCACAUGAGAACACACACAGGGGAGAAACCCUUCAGUUGUUCUGUUUGUGGUAAAGGAUAUCCCAGGAAGAACUCCUUAUUGACUCACAUGAGACUUCAUUCAGAAGGAAAACGUUUCAGCUGCUCAGUUUGUAAAAAAACUUUUCAAGAUCCAAUACGUAAGUCCUGUUGUGUGUCCUGCGAGUCACAUGCUACACUUUCUAAAGAGAGCCAGCCACUCAACAAGAUGAAGAUUAUCCUUAUCAUGGGUUACCUAGGAGACGGACCACAGAGCGCUUCCACCUACCAAGCAGACUAAGAGAGGAAGAGUUUGACUUUCAAUAAUCCCAUAUAUGUCUUAUGUGGUGUAAUAUUUUCCACUAAGUGUACCGGUGUUUUAUAUAAUUAACAUCUGUGAGAUUUUGGCUCAUGCAUGCUGCUUUUCCAUGAGAAGUGAGUUUAAACCGUGGCUCACGGCUGAGAAGGUGUUUUCUCAUAGACUCUACAUUUAUUCUCUAGCUUUCAAUGUUUAGCCUGUUUUUCUUGGACUCUUUAAUCCCCCUUCUGCCCUUCAACCGAAUCACUCGCACUUGUUUCAAUAAAUAUCA